UGAGGAGCGGGCAGGAUGCACGAGGAGACGGCAGGGCUGAUAAAGGGAUCAAGCUAGUGAGGAACACUAACGAUACAGCAGUGUAACAUGUGAAAAAUGACCACCAUUUAUUCAUGGAGGUAUCGCUACAUGUAGAGGCGAAUCAACAUUAAUACCAGCUGCUCAACCUCCAAGUACACUUGAGGCAAUUGUCGGUCUUUCUGUCCAAGUUGUUGUCUUCUCUGCGUCUGAUGUGGACUGAUUCAGAACUGGGCCAUCAUGAUCCCAGUGAACCUUCUGGUCACUCAUUGGCUGAUCAGCUUAAUACCAGCAGCAUCAUGUCUGUGAACCCUCCCAGCAGCAAUGACGCUUGCCUCAGCAUCGUCCACAGCCUCAUGUGCCAUCGGCAGGGUGGAGAGAACGAGGGCUUCGCCAAGCGGGCCAUUGAGAGCCUGGUCAAGAAACUGAAGGAGAAGAAGGACGAGCUGGACUCGCUCAUCACUGCCAUCACCACCAACGGCGUCCACCCCAGCAAGUGUGUCACCAUUCAGAGGACACUGGAUGGACGCUUGCAGGUGGCAGGAAGGAAAGGUUUCCCCCAUGUGAUUUAUGCACGGCUGUGGCGCUGGCCUGACCUUCACAAAAAUGAACUGAAGCACGUCAAGUUCUGCCAGUAUGCCUUUGACCUCAAGUAUGACAACGUGUGUGUAAACCCCUACCAUUACGAGAGGGUGGUGUCUCCAGGCAUCGUUGGUCUUAGUCUUCAUAAUACAGGGCCACCCAGUGGGCUUAUCAAAGAAGAAUACAUCCAUGACUGUAUUCAAAUGGACCUCCCACCUGGCAUGCCACUGUCGGACCACCAAGCCACGCUGAAGAUGCCUCCCCCAGACCCCUACGGCCAAGCCCUGCCUCCUCCACAUUUGUCCUCUGAGCCCCAUGGACCCCCACCAGUCACCAGAUACACACAGCUGCCUGUCUCACCUAAAGGUCAGCUACAGGUGUCGAGUUCUGGCUCCAUGCUCCCGCUGCAGGGCAGCCAUGUGGAUGGCCGCCCUCAGUCUGCAUCUCCACAGAUUCAAGUUAUGUCUCAAGCACCGCCGCGAUCCCCGACUCCAAACCAACCUCUUCCUCAGCAACAAGGUCCUCAACCCCAGCAACCUCCCCACCCGCAGCCAUCCUCUCUACCUCCUCCUCCAGCGCAUGGACAGAAUGGAUACAGCAACAGUAAACACUCACAGAGCCAGGCUGCCUUCCAUACAGUGUGGACAGGCAGCAGCACAGCCGCCUACACUCCAGUUGGACCCCUGCAGAAUGGUCGUGGUCAUCAGCAAACACCCCUUCACCAUCCAAACCAACAUUGGUCUCAGCAUCACAGUUCAACCUCUUUCCCCCCGUCUGUGUCCAACCAUCCAGGACCAGAGUUUUGGUGCUCCAUCUCCUACUUUGAAAUGGAUGUUCAGGUGGGUGAGAUGUUCAAGGUGCCCUCCAGCUGCCCUGUGGUGACGGUGGAUGGGUACGUGGACCCAUCGGGAGGCGACCGCUUCUGCCUUGGCCAGCUGAGUAACGUUCAUCGCACAGAUGCCAGUGAGAGAGCCCGGUUACACAUCGGUAAAGGGGUGCAGUUGGAGUGUCGUGGUGAAGGCGAUGUGUGGAUGCGGUGUAUGAGUGACCACGCUGUAUUUGUACAGAGCUACUAUCUUGACAGGGAGGCAGGCCGCGCACCAGGUGAUGCCGUGCACAAGAUCUACCCUGGAGCCUACAUCAAGGUGUUUGACCUGCGGCAGUGCCACAGACAGAUGCAGCAGCAGGCAGCGACUGCUCAGGCUGCUGCUGCUGCGCAGGCGGCUGCAGUGGCAGGAAACAUACCUGGACCGGGCAGCGUCGGCGGCAUCGCACCUGCAGUCAGUCUGUCUGCGGCAGCGGGGAUUGGUGUGGAUGACCUUCGGCGACUAUGUAUCUUGCGCCUCAGCUUCGUGAAGGGCUGGGGGCCCGAUUACCCGAGGCAGAGCAUCAAACACACGCCCUGCUGGGUGGAGGUCCACCUGCACCGCGCUUUGCAGCUCCUUGACGAGGUCUUGCAUACUAUGCCUUUAGCUGAUCCAGGGCCUGCUAACUGACAUCUCUGAUGCUGACAUUUCCAUCUGGGUUAUUUGAAUGUGCACACACACACACACACACACACACACACACACACACGUUUAGAUAUUUUUGCUCUGUACCAAAUAUUCUCUCUAAUUGAAUUUCCAUUGAAAACUGAAAUAGAUACUUAAUGCUUGUAACAAUCAAUUUAGCCUGCACUAUUUACUGUCACACACACACACACACACACACACACACACACCUUCUUAUGAGCAAUAUCAGACAAAAUGUUAUUCCACACAUAUACGCUUGUCCUUCAAUGUUAGCAUUGCAUUAAAGCAACAAACCAAACCAAACAUUUGAUCCGGACAAAAGUUAUAUUGUGCCACUGAAACACUACAACAUAUUGUUUGAAUACAUUCAUGAAGAAAAGAACUACAUUCUUACUGUUACCUAACCCUCAAGAACCCAUGAGAACCCAUUAGAACCUAGAGCCGUUUGUGCUCCAAGUCAAAUGAUGGCAUGAUGGAUAAACUGCAGAAUUGAUUAUCAUUGAUUACAUUUAUGUUACAUACAGUAUAUUUUACAAUGGGCAUUCAUGCUAAAUGUAUUCCUAUAUUCAAGGGUGUCCAAAGUGCAGCCCGGGGGCCAUUUUCGGACCACUACUUGUUUUUUAUUGACCUGCGGCACAUGCUAAAAAAUACAAUGAACCUCGAAAACUUAAAAACAACUGAGAAAAUUGAGCAAAAAAGGCAUAAUGUUGCAAUUGAGACUUGAAUGCUAGUAACGCUAACAAUACAGUAACCCCUUGCUACAGCACGCUUCCAAUUUCAUGGCUUUACUCUAUCAGGGUUUUUCCAAAUUAUAUUCAGUAAUAAAUCAUGCUGUUUUAUGUUUGAAUACGGCCUAUCAGUAGUCAAGAUAUAUGCAUAUUUAAGCACAUUUUAUGGAUUUUUUUUGCCUAAAUGAAGCAUUUUCAAGCAUAAAAAUGGCUAAAUGAGGUAAAAUACAAAUACAAGGCAUUCAGAAGACGCAUUCAAAGUCCUUGUGAUAAUAUGUAGUAUUCUACACUGGUCACUAGGUGUCAGUAAUGUUACACUGAUGAGAUAAUAUCACAGGAAGUACUGUGCAGAGCAGGAAGUAAAAAAACAAGAAAAUCUGUCAAUGCUAGCGUGUGAGUCUAUCUUAUGUCUAAUUUAUGUCUUACAGUUGGUUAAUUGGCGGUUGAUUGGUUCCAGACUCGACUGUGUUAAGUGAAUUUCUGUAAGAAUAUUAAUAAAUUGAAUAUUUUCAUAGUUAUGGCAUAGAAAACCUGUACCUGUACAACUUUAACAUUAUUAGAGCCCUCGAGACAUGAAAUAACACCCCUAUAGUCACCUUUACACUCAUGCAAACCAAUAUAGUAGACACAAUGAGAGGAAAAUAAGACAUCUUAGACAUAAAUAAGAUAACAGACUCACAUGUUAGCAGUUUCUUGUUUUUUCUGUACAGCGUACUUCCUGCAGUGGCUAUUGUGUCAUCAAUGUAUUGCAAUGGCAGCUUUAAAUGGCUUUACGAUCGUAUUACCCAAUAAUGGGCAUAAUAGGAGUAAAUAAGCCUUUUAAGACGUAAAUAAAGCUCUUGAUUGUGUGUGUCACAGUAAAUAUGUUCCCUAGGGGACCGGUGUGUAGGUGAGGUUGGAGGUUCAGGGUUGCGUUUUAGCUUGUGGUGGGUUAUGGGCCGAGCAAUAGACCGUGUUAUUAUUAGUAUUAUGUUAUUAUUAUUGUGCUUGUUGUGGGAUAAUUGAAAUCUUUUCUGGCGAUCACGUCUGGCCAUUGUCUCAAUGAACACCGCCACCUAGUGGCCAAUGUAGAAUACUACAUUCACAAUUAGCAUGCUUCUUCCGCCUUGUAUAAUAAAUACAAAUAUUUUAGUUCAUUUGUUUUCUCUUAAGAGUGUAAAGGUGACUGUAGGGGUGUUAUUUCAUGUCCAGGCGGCUCCAAUGAUGUUUAAAAUCAUAUUUAGAAGGUUGUGGACAAGUUUUCAAUGCUCUAAAAACCAACAUAUUCCAUUUAUAAAAAAAGGAACCCUACUUGGUGGAAAUUCACUUAUCACGGGCGAGUCCGGAACCAUUUAACUGCCAUAAACGAGGGAUUACUGUAACACGCUCACAUAGAACGCAAAGCUGACGAGCAGGCCACUUCUUCAUGGCAUAUCUACAUUUAAAACAAUUGAAAAUAAUAACAUGACAGACAAAUGGCCACAGUAGAAAGGUUUUUGGGGCUUUCCUGCAAUAUUGCACGUAACAAACAAGUCCGUUUGCCCGCUACUGUAUCGUCCCGCCAAAUCGAGUCCCCAAAGAAGGCACCCUACACUGUUCGUGCAUUUUUCAUAGAAUGUGACUGUGAAAUAACCCGCCAUGGGGCCAAAAGUUGUGAGUGGCAGCAAUUUGAUAAAGAAGGUGAGAAACACUACUGAAUUCCAUCUCGCCAGGAUGUACAGGAAGUGCGCAUCAAUGAUAGCAUUCCUCAUUUAGAAUUAUUUCACAUUGUUUCCUGCAUGUCAAACUAGAAUUAUUCUCUUUUGGUCAUAUUUUUGGGUGUCUAGCACGGUUAUAUUUAGGGAUCUCCAAUAUUAUUGGCCACCGGUAAUUAUCGGGCCGAUACUGGCAUAAAAACGUGAUAUCAGCCAACAUCGGUAAAGUUUUUUUCCCCUCCAAUAAAAGCCGAUGCAGAACUUUAAGCGCCAAGGUGGCAAACUUGCAACACUGCUGAUCUUGCUGCGUCGUGAAGUGACAAAUGUGCUGCGCACAAGUCUGUGAGAAUAAAUUAACUCAACUUAGCAGCUCCUUAAAAAUCGCAGGGGGGGGUUACCAUUCCACACACUAGUCUUACUCAGUGUUUUUAAACAGAGCGCUCAAAAAAACAUCACACAGCAACGUAAUCGGUAGAUAACAACAGACAAGACACAACCAACGAGUAAUACAGAAUAACCAACAACUAUGUGAGCUCUGAACGUGUAACUUAGCGGCUAUUUACAACAACACGACAACAAAGCACGCUGGGAACGAGGAAUCGCUGCUGUCAAAACCAUAUAUUCGCUGAGCCGUACAUCCGCGUCGCCGCCAUAUUGGAUGUGGCAAGGCUGCGCUGUAAGUGAACACAAGGAAAUGUACUUCAUAAAACGCCUUUCUACAAAGAAAUUGAAGUUAACGCCUCUCGUUUGUGAUGUUACACACAUCGGUAUCAGUUGGUAUCGGUUGGUAUCGGAAUCAGAAAUUGAGAGUUGGACAGUAGCGGCAUAUCGGUUUUCGGCAAAAAAGCCAAUAUCGGACAUCCCUAGUUAUAUUGUUUCCUUUGGGAAAAAUUGCCUCGGUUUUGUUGCAUUUUAGUUUUUGUCGGAAAAUUUGAAUUUGGGAAAUCUUGCUGUUGCGACAAAUUUGAGGCUUUCCAUAGCAAUUGAAUAUUUUAGCUUUAAAAGUGAGCUUUUAUGGCAAAAAAAUAAUAAUAAUAAUAAGAUUGCUCACCUGACACACUGCCAUUUUGGGGACGCCAUAUCCUGGGCUAGUCACAUGACCACCACUCCUAAACGUUUCCUAUAGGGACGUGAUGAGUUCAAGGGCAAAACUGUAUUUUAGCACAUUUAAAGUGGGUUCUAAUGGGUUACAUUUGUUACAAACUGCUCGGAACAACAAACUCCACACACACACACACACACACACACACACACACACAUUUGCUAUCUGUGACACACAUUUAUGUUUGUUUUUUUUAAAAGAACACUCCGUGAUACGUUUUUAGAACUCCACGUCCUUUUGUGCACUUUUGGAUUGAUCGCAUCAGAAGAGAAAUAUUUAGGAGUCCAUGGAGUCCAAAUGACACUUGCAUACCUCCAGAAAAGGCUGUGUGUUAUUUUUCUCUGUGUGUGUGUGUGUGUGUGUGUGUGUGUGUGUAAAUGUGGAUGAGGGAAGUCAGUGUUGUGUCACUUUUGUGCUCGUACCGUGCUUGUCUGUUCACCCAAACCCAAUCUUUAUCUUGUCGGCCUUCGUAGUACGCUCAUAUAUAUACAUAUAUACAUAUAUAUAUAUAUAUGUAUAUGUAUAUAUAUAUAUGUAUGUAUACAGUAUAUCUAUUUUUUUGAUACCAAAAGAGUAAAAAAGCCAAAAACAUUUAGCUUUAAAGUGGUGUUGUUGGUAUUUGUAAUGAACCAGUGCUACCUUGUAUGUAACCAAAUGUUUGGUGUCGAUCACCAAAGCUGGAAUACCUCAUAAGUACACAGCAUCACUUGUAGGUUUUGUUUGACUUUUUUUUCGUUUUCAUCACGAGACGAAACUCAGCGUGGCUCAAGUACUGGAGGUUACGCUCGGCCAGGGGUGUUCAAAGUGCGGGGGGGGCCGUUUGUGGCCCCCAGCUGGUUUCUUCCCGGCACGUUCUACAAAUAGUGUUAGUUGUUGAAUAAUAUUAGUUUUGCUUGGUCGCGUCUUAACACUAAGCUGAGGUUGUUGUUGUUUUUAAAUAUGUAUUUCAAUACAGUAGAACCUCCGUUUGAUUCUAAUUCAUUCAUUCCAAAAGGUCUAUUGAAAACUGAAUUAUCCAAAAAACGAAUCCUUUUUCCCCUUAAGAAAUAAUGUAAAUUAAAUUAAUUUGUUCAAGACACCCAAAACUAUGAACAAACAGUACCUUUUGUAGAGAAUAGAGUAAUCCCAGGUCGCCAGGUUGCAUUUUCAAUUUUGCAGCUUCGCUCUAUUACGGUUUUUAAAAAAUAUUUUAAUUUAUAUUAAAUGCUGUCCAGUCCAGGGCGUACCCUGCCUCUCGUCCAAAGUGAGCUGGGAUAGGCUCCAGCAUACCCCCUAGUGAGGAUAAGCGGCAUAGAAGAUGCAUGGAUGGAUAACAUGCUGUUUCAUGUUUGUUUUUCACCCCUUAUUAGUCAAAAAUAUGCAUAUUUAACCACAUUUAUUGCUUUUUUUUUGCCUAAAUGAAGCAUUUUCAAGCACAAAAAUGGCUAAAUGAAGUCAAAUCAAACAUAAGGCAUUGAGAAGACACAUUGAAAGAUGUGAUGACAUGUAGUAUUCUACCCUGGUCACUAGGUGUCAGUAAUGUUACUGUAAUGUUGGGUGAGACUCGAUCACAGGCUUUUAUUGCAGGUUUCAAUGAUCUCGUAACAGGCACAAUAAUCCCUGACACGGGCUACUGUUGCUGCCGCUAAAACUCAAACCUCAACUCUGAACCCCCAAUGUCACUUCCUGUCCACCCCCCACUCAGCUCCCCUGGCACCGGAACACAUUUACAGCAACACACACGAGCACAAGUCUUAUUUUUGUCUUAUUUUCUUUUAUUAUAUCUACUAUAUUGGGUAAUAGGAGUGUAAAAGUGACUGUAGGGGUGUUAUUUCAUGUCUAGAGGGCUCUAAUAAUGUUAAAAAGUAUAUUUAGAAGGUGGUUUUCUAUGCUAUAAAUACAAAAAUAUUCCAUUUAUAAAUAAGGAAUCCUCCAUUGCAGAAAUUCACGUUAGGAACGUAUUUGUCUUCAUCAUUUUUCAAAAUUGAAAUGGACACAUUUUGUACAUUAAAGAUGCUAAAAGCAAUCCAGUAGCUGCUAAACUAUCUGAACACAUUACAAAUGAGUGUAAAAAAAAUGCGGCUGAAAAUGGGCCCCCGGGCCACACUUUGGCCAGCCCUGAUGUCGCUUAUUUCAUGAAAAUGAUGAUUCCUUAUUUAUAAGUGGAAUAUUUUCAUUGUUUGAGCAGAGAAAACCUGUUUACCACCUUCUAAAUGCACUUUUUCGCAUUAUUAGAGCCCCUUAGACAUGAAUAUAGACUCGCACGUUCUUUUUUUUUUUAACUUCCUGUUCUGUACAGUACUUCCUGCAGUGGCUAUUUUCUCAUGAGUGUAACAUUACUGACACCUAGUGACCAGUGUGGAGUACUACAUAUCAUCACAACGUCUUGAGUGCGUCUUUUGAAUGCCUUAUAUUUGUAUUUUGCUUACGUUUGGCCAUUUUUAUGCUUGAAAAUGAUUCAUUUAGCAAAACAUAUAUAAUGUUUGCUUAAAUAUGCAUAUAUUUAGACUAAUAAUCGGUCAUAUUCAACCAUGAAACAGCAUGAUUUAUUAAUUAAUACAUUUUUUUAGAGUGAAGCCGUGAAAGGUGGCGUGGGAUGACUGUACCUUUUUAUAUUUCACCUUUAAAACGAUCUCACCUUGGUUGGCUUCCUGUUCUUCAGUACAGCCUCACCUUUGUAACCGCAGGUUGUGGGUUAUAAUAAAUAAACGUUGGAAUGUUACGAGAAUAAACGGGAAAAUGUCAAGAGAACAACGGCGUAUCCGAACGAGACAGAAAGUCACAAUUUUAAUAAACUCAUGAUAUUAUGAGGAUAAAUAAUAGUGAAAACUCAUUUUUCGUAGCGUGGAGUUGAAAUAUUAAAGAAAAAAGACAUUCUUUUUUAGAAGUAGUGAUAUUAGGAGGAAAAAAACAAUCAAUUUUGGAAAAUAAGGUUGGGGAAAUAGUUAUGAUAUGACGGGAAUAAAGUCAAAAUAUGAUGGGAAUAAAGUCGUUGUAUUACAAAAUAAAAAUUACAAAGAUUGUUUAAGAACAAAAGUGAAAUAUUUGGAGAAUUUUAAAAAACAACAGCAAAAAUGUGGGGGGAAAGAGAGUAACAGGCUUUUUCCACAUACAGUCAUGGAAAUAAUGAUGAGGGCACCCUUGUUGUUUCUUCAUUUUAAUGCCUGAUACAACUAAAGGUACAAAUAUAACAAUGACAACAAAAAUAGCUCAUAAGAGUUACAUUUUUUGGCAGUACAACGCUAUAGCUAAUCAUGUAAGAACUUAAGUGGUUAUUAUCAAGAAAGCCAUGGAAGUUGCUAGAUAUCAGCUCUUAGAUUAAAACCUUUAUUAUCAUCAUUAUUUGUCCAAACAAAAGUACCUUUAGUUGUAGCAGGCAUUAAAAUGGAUCAAUAAACUGAAGAAACGAGGGCGGUCUAAUCAUUUUUCCCAUGACUGGAUGUGAUAAUGUAACAAUCGACACAUGUUGCUGUACAAAACGUCAAAGUGGCAAAGUUGCAUCCUUUCAUUUUUCACCAUGAGGCCCUCGCUGGAAAAAGUUUGGACACCCCUGGUGUAAACUAAUGUCGGGUCCAGGAGUUUCAUUUUCUUGCAAAGUCAGCUGCUUUUCCAAGAUCAGCCCACUAACACAUAUGCAUAUUAGUCAUUUGUGCCUUUUUAUUGUCAAGCGCAAACGCAGCAACACUAGAUUGUAAAAGACUUUUGGUUUGUCUUCUUCCUGUCAAGAUUCCCGUUGCACAGCGCGGUUUGGUCCUCACCCACUUUUGACGACAUCUUGUGGUUCCCUCAGGUAUCUGUGUUUUCAAGUGUCCGACUGCUUCAUAGCAGAGCGCCCGUUGUACCGGAGUAGUCUAAUUUAUUGCCUUAGUGUGUUGUGAGCGUGGCUGGGUUUGAACCUGAAACGCUUUGCCCGUAAUUCAGGGAAGCAGACGUGUUGAAGAAGGCAAACUCGGUCGUUUAUUACGUCUGCAUUGCCAUCCCGUCGCCGCCACGUCACCGUGUUGUUUCCAGGAAUUCUGUGUAUUUUCACUGUGUAUUUGUGGAACACUGUUGGUGUGAACUAAAACCAAGCUUCAACAUCAUUAACUAUAACUAAUGCUUUAAAGUUGUUUGCAAAGAUUUUUAUAUGUAUGCUCCAUAAUUAAAGGGAAACAGACCAACGCUCAUUUGUUUUCUUCUUCUUGUGCCUGAAAUGAUCAAUAUUUGUCCAUUUAACUGUACUGUGAAUGUAUUUUCUUUAUGAUUACAAUCCUUUUUAACAUUUUCUGAAGUGAAAAUGGCUGACUUUGCACAUUUGCGGAUCAAAUACAGGGCAGAAACCUAAGUUGAGGCUGCCGUCAGCGUCUCCUCUCGGCUUAGCAUGCCUGAGUGAACCAUUUGUCAGCGCGUCGCUAAUGAUAUGAUGUAGCGGAAACAUUUACCGUAAACUCCGCAGUAUAAGCCGCACCCACUAAAUUUAGAGGGGAAAACCAGAAUUGUACGUAAAUAAGCCGCACCGGUGUAUAAGACGCACGUGUCCACGUCAUAAAAUGGCAUAUUGUGGCAUGCAUGAGUCCGUAAGGACCAAACGGCUCUUCAUCUCACAGGAGCCAAUCACGAGCGAUGAGGAAAAACUCCCACCUAGCUUCUCGACCCUUCUCAAAGUGCAGGAGGUCGUUACUCAAUAUAACAGUCUGACUCACAGUGUCAUCUCACAAACAUUAAACUCAUCACACAGCAACUUAACACUCAAAAGGUACCAAGGAAAUAUACAUUACAAGCACCAAUACGAGUUUAAAAUAACAAACAGCAGCUAUUCUAACAUAUACCCGUGAUGACGCAUUACCGCCAGAAGAGCAUUUCAUUGGAGGACAAGCAGCAUAGAAAAUGGUGGAUGGUGCUGCAAUGUUCCCUCAGUCCACCAGAGGGAGGCUGACGUCAUUGCAGCACCCCAAUGAAUGCGUUGCUCAGACACAAUGGAUUAUGGGAAAACUUUAAAAAAAAAUUUCCAUUUCAAACUCAUAUUAGUACAUGUUUUUAUAGUUGUCAGGUAAACCUUUUUAGUGUUAAGUUGCUGUGUGGUGAAUUUAGUGUUGUUAGUAAAGUGUUCUUAGUAGGAGUAUGUUGUUAUACUGUUAUAUAUAAUGACCUCCUUUUCGAGUGCACUGAUAGCUCGUGAUUGGCUCCUGCCAAAGAAAGAGCUACCGUUUCCUCCCCGUCUUGCGAGCGGCACAGUAUUUAAACAAUUAGUGGUAGUUCUGAAGUAAAGGGGAUGUCACGAGAUUAGAAUUUAGCCAUAAAAUAUAAUGUAUAAAUUGUGGGGUUCAAAGUUUAAGAAAAAAGUGGCGGCUUAUACACCAGACCAUGACUUUCUACAGCCUGCGUAAUGUCUUUCAUGUGCCAAAAUACACAGAAAUGUCAUACGUGGAGGCACUUGCAAUACUACCUUCAUCCAGAAGGGGUGGGGGCCGUGCGUGAGCUGGUAGGUGUGUGGCACUGCCAUCCUUUCAUAGCGAGGAAAAGCUAGCGGGGUUUUUUUGUUGGUUAGAGAGCAGCAAGUGAAAUUCAUUCAAUAUGUUUUUAUGCUCUGAUGAAUGAAUGAAUGAAUGAAAUUAACUGCCAGGAUGGGGGAUUAUAUAUCCAAGCUCACCAGGAGGUGAUCAGACUUUUACAACAAAGCAGCAGAAGGAUAGGAUUGCAUGUACUUCCUGUACAAAUAAAAAGGUAUGAACACAAAUUUAAGUUUAUAAAAAAUAAAUAAAUGGGACUAAGAUGUAUUUUGGCUAUUGGCUGCAAGCGUUGGAAUGACACAUCAGAUUGUGUGAUGCACUCAAGGACACAACCAUACUGCUAAUUUUGGUAUCAAUCCGAUACCAAGUAAAUACGGGGCCAGUACUGCUGAUACCAAUGCUUUUUACCAGAAAUGAAUCAAGAUCAUUGGAUGAUUUUUAUUUUAUUUUGCCUUUAAGGCCAUCACAGUGCGAAUAAAUUCAGAUUUUCCAUUAGAAAAAAAAGAAAUCCACAGUUUUUAACCUUUCCAGUAUUAAAACAAACAUGUACAAUAUCACAUACAUCAAUCCAUCAGAAUGCACUUAUUAAAUGAAGUUAUUUGCAUACCAACGUAGUCCUCUACGUGCACUUCUGUAUCGGUCAUUGAAGAAUAUUGUAGAUCUACAUUGGGAUUUGCAUGUCUAGCAAGCAAUCUAACUGUCGCUCAUUACAUUUCUGCAAGUCAGGGACCUCAUUUAAACAGGUCAAAUUGAAUGAACAGUGUUCAUUCAAUUUGUAUGUAUCUGUAUGUAUGUGUUCAUGGAACACAUACAU